UUUCUCCUCUCCAAAAAGAAGUAAAUACACUUUUAGUAAGUCGUCACAAUUUAAAUCGUUAAACGGAAGAUGCGCGCAGCUUGUUGAGUUUGGGUUGCCAGUGCUGUAGUAAGCAGUUGUGGUUUGUUUAUGCUAGACAGCUGACAGCUGAUUGACUCCUUCAAUAGUCGACGACUCGGCGAAUGAUUCGAUCAGUCAAAUUGGUUACAAGUGUACAAAACGUACGACUCUGUGGUCGAUGUGGGUUAAAUAAAAUGUCUAUUAAUUCAGAACCAGCUGCGAAACCGAUUGAAACAUCAAUACGCCAAAAACUGUCAGAGAAUUUGCAGCCACACCAUAUUCAGAUUAUUAAUGAAUCAUACAUGCAUAAUGUGCCCCGUGGUUCGGAAACUCAUUUUAAAGUCGUCGUCGUUUCAGAAAAAUUUGAAACGUUGCCUCUUAUAAAUAGGCAUCGAAUAGUAAAUGAAAUACUGAAGGAUGAACUGAAAAAUGGUGUUCAUGCCUUGUCAAUUGUGGCAAAAACUCCGAAGCAGUGGGAAGAGUCAAGCAAGGAAGUGACGUCUAGUCCAGCAUGUAAAGGUGGUUUUGGAAAAUAAAUGUUUCAUAACACAUCUGAAAGCAUAUUUCAAAAUAAAAGAAGUAUGCCUCUGUAUCAUGUAAAUCAACUGUCUUGAGUAUGUAUUGUUAUAAACAGUAGGUUUCAUUAAAAUAAAGAUUCUUUCAUGUCAAGAAA